AUGACGUCGGCAGACAGCUACGCAUUCAUCGGUCUCGGAGCAAUGGGUUACGCGAUGGCAGCCAACAUCCGCAAGAAGAUAGACCCAUCUUCAACCCUCUACAUCAACGACAUCAACGCCUCGGCAUGCUCCCGCUUCAAAACCCAAUACUCGUCGCACGGCCCUGUAGAAAUUGUCGCUACAGCACGCGAAGCAGCGGAAAAUGCGAAAGUCCUCAUAUCUAUCGUACCAGGAGGGGAAGAUGUAAGGAAAGUAUAUCUAGACGAGAAAGACGGAGUGGUUGCAGCGAAGAAGGACCAAAGCAGGGUAAUGCUAGAAUGCAGCACAAUCGACGUCAACACCACAAAAGAAGUAGGCCAAAAGCUGAAGGAAGCGGAGAUGGGUACAUACAUCGACGCCCCCGUAUCCGGCGGCGUUCCAGCAGCAGAAGCAGGCACACUAUCGAUGUUGAUCGGCCACCCACCGCCAGCGCAAACACCAACAUCUUCAGCUUCUCCAGAAUCCCGAAUCUCGGCGACCCUCACAAUGCUUGGCCCACCAUCCAAAGCCUUCUACCUAAACACCCUCGGCGCCGGGCUCACCGCUAAGAUAUGCAACAACUACCUCUCCGGCACCAUUCUCCUCGCUACCGCCGAAGCCCUCGCAAUAGGCGUAUCUCACGGCCUCGACCCCUCCGCUUUGUACUCCGUGAUCAAGAACAGCACUGGUCAGUCUUGGAUGUGCGAUCAUGUCAUGCCCAUUCCCAAUGUGCAGAAAGAGUAUUGGGUGCCGAGUAACAGUGGUUAUAAGCCGGGGUUCAAGACGCAGAUGAUGCUCAAGGAUCUGGGACUGGGUAUUGAGAGUGCGGGUCAGGUUGGGGUGAGGCCUAGCAUGGCGGAGAGGGCGUUGGAGGUUUGGGAAGAGGCGGCGAGAGAUGAGAGGUGUGUGGAUAGAGAUGGUAGCAGUAUAUACUUGCAUGUUGGAGGUCUUCUGCCGAAGGGAUACGAAGACAAAGGGAGAAAGAACGAGGAUGGAACUUGGGAUUUUGCAGAGUAA